AUGAAUACAGCAAACCAUACAGUGUUGACCUUCUUCAUCAUUAAGGGCAUUUCCGAUGUUCCAAAGCUUCAAGUUCCAAUUUUUCUCUUGGUUCUUCUCAUUUAUCUUAUUACCGUUGGUGGUAAUAUGACCAUUCUCCUACUGGUGUGUGUGGACCCUCAGCUCCAUACUCCCAUGUACUUCUUCUUAUGUAACCUGUCCAUAUUGGACAUAUCCUCCAGCACGGUCACUCUUCAUAAGAUCCUUAUUAGCUUUUUAUCCGGCGACAAAACCGUUUCUGUACAAUCCUGUUUGACUCAAAUGUUCAUCUUCACGUCUCUCGUGUGCAAUGAAUUGUUGAUACUUACGGCCAUGAGCUAUGAUCGCUAUGUCGCUAUCUGUAACCCAUUGCGUUACUCCUCAAUCAUGAGUCGGGUUGUCUGUUCCGCGCUGGCUGUUGUCUGUUGGGCGUUGGGAUUUGUAGAAUCUCUGCCUCAUCUUAUUCUUAUAUCCAGAUUCACUUGUUAUCAUUCAAAAGAAAUAAACCACUUCUUCUGUGACAUUGUCCCUCUAGUGAAGCUUUCCUGUGAUGACACCUCCCUCUCUGACUUUUUGAUGUUUAUCUGUGGACUCUUCCUUGCCACCUUCCCCUUUCUCCUCACCUUCAUCCCUUACAUCUUUAUCAUCCGUACCAUAAUGAAAAUCAGGUCUAGUACCGGGAAGCAUAAAGCUUUCUACACGUGUUCUUCACACCUCACCGUGGUGGUCCUCCUCUACAUGACACUUGUCUGCCAGUAUCUUAGACCAGCUUCAAUGGACACUUUGGAUUCUAACAAGCUUUUCUCUCUAUUUAACACCGCUGCUGUCCCCAUGCUUAACCCGCUGAUCUACAGCCUGAAAAAUAAAGACGUAAAAUCUGCACUGAAACGUAGAUGGUUUCGAAUGAUAACGUAA